AUGCAGGGCCCCCGCGCGGCGCUGAUCUUGAGUGCGGGGGAGCUGAGGGUCACACAGCGGUGCUCCGGCACCUGGUACGGCCAGGAGGGCGGCCGGGUAUGCACCUGGCCGCGGAAGCCGCAGCCGCUCGAACCACGCACCAGUUACCCUGUCCCAUGGUCCUGGGCACGCCGCUCGGAGUAUCGGCCUCCAGAGACGCUGCCAUGGCCCGGGCCCGCCUCCGCCCGGCCCUUCGGGGCUCGUGCAGACGGCCAGAGCCUGGGCGGCAGCCAGGCCUCAGCGCGCCGCCUUUGCCGGGCCUUGGAGUCGCUAUCGCUCUACACGCACGCCCAGGGCGCCAGGGAUCUGCGCCACCUCGGGUCCCGGCACACCCCGGCCCUUGACGAUGCCCCGCUGCUGGACGGUUCCCUGGUCCUCUGGCCAGGAUUGUCCAAGGCGUCUCAUCACAUGGGCCGGCUCAGAAACGCCAAGAUCCAUGUGGAGAGAGCUGUCAAGCAGAAGAAGAUCUUUAUGAUCCAAGGCCACUACCCGGUAAUCCGGUGCCUCUUGCGCCAGAGGGGCUGGGUGGAGAAGAAGAUGGUCCAUUCCUCGGGCACCACCCUGCUGCCGCCCCAGAAGCACCUGGAUAGCUCAGUAAUGGGUGAUAGCGACACUACUGAGGAUGAGGGUCAAGAUGAGGACGAGGCGUUCCAGCCACCGCAACUGUUCAACGAUGAUGUAUUGGAAUUUGAUGACCUAGAUGGAACACAUGCUCUGAUGGUGGGUCUGUGUCUCAAUCUCCGGAAUUUGCCCUGGUUUGAUGAAGCCGAUGCUGACUCAUUCUUCCCACGCUGCUACCACCUUGGAGCUGAGGACGACAAAAAGGCCUUCAUAGAGGACUUCUGGUUGACAGCCGCCCGCAGCGUUCUCAAGCUGGUGGUAAAGCCCGAAUGGAAGUCAUAUUCAGUGCAGGCAGAAGAGAAAGAGGCCCCAGGAGACAAGCAGCCCAAGAAACAGGAGAAAAAGCCACUGAUGGUAUCCUCAGAGUUUGUGGACGAGGCUCUGUGUGCCUGUGAGGAGCACCUUAGCAGCUUGGCCCACCAGGACAUUGACCGGGACUUGAAGGCCCCGCUGUCCCUCAGCCCUGAGGGCUGGUCCGUCUUUCUCCAGCGUUACUACCAAGUGGUCCAUGAGGGGGCAGAACUCAGGCACCUCAAAGCUCAGGUCCAGCGUUGUGAGGACAUCUUGCAGCAGCUUCAGGCUGUGGUGCCCCAGAUGGACAUGGAAGGAAACCGCAACGUCUGGAUCGUGAAGCCAGGAGCCAAGUCCCGUGGUCGAGGCAUCAUGUGCAUGGACCACCUAGAGGAGAUUCUGAAACUGGUGGAUGGCAACCCCAUGAUGAUGAAGGAUGGCAAGUGGGUUGUGCAGAAGUAUAUUGAGCGGCCUCUGCUCAUCUUUGGCACCAAGUUUGACCUGAGACAGUGGUUCCUGGUGACCGACUGGAACCCACUAACUGUGUGGUUCUAUCGCGACAGCUACAUCCGCUUUUCCACGCAGCCUUUCUCUCUGAAGAACCUGGAUAACUCAGUGCACCUGUGCAACAACUCCAUCCAGAAGCACCUGGAGAAUUCGUGUCAUAGGCAUCCGCUGCUGCCCUCAGACAACAUGUGGUCGAGCCAGAAGUUCCAGGCCCACCUGCAUGACAUGGGGGCCCCAAAUGCUUGGGCCAAUGUCAUUGUGCCUGGCAUGAAGGCCGCAGUGAUCCAUGCUCUGCAGACCUCCCAGGACACUGUGCAGUGCCGGAAGGCUAGCUUUGAGCUUUAUGGUGCUGACUUUGUGUUUGGUGAAAACUUCCAGCCCUGGUUGAUCGAGAUCAAUGCCAGCCCCACCAUGGCGCCCUCCACGUCUGUCACCACCCGGCUCUGUGCUGGCGUGCAAUCCGACACACUGCGCGUGGUCAUUGACCGGCGGCUGGACCGAAACUGUGACACGGGAGCCUUUGAGCUCAUCUACAAGCAGCCUGCUGUGGAGGUGCCCCAGUAUGUGGGUAUCCGGCUCCUAGUAGAGGGCUCCACCAUCAAGAAGCCCAUGGCAAUGUGUCACAGGCGGACAGGGGUCCACACAGCGCUCCCUUACCUGCUGACCCAUCGAGGCUCUGGGGAAGCCCCUUACCACUUCCCCAGCCUCCACACCAAGGUCCGGCUGCCUUCUCUCCAUGUGCUCCGACCCCAGGGGCGCGUCCCCAGACUGCAGCACAGCAAGCUGGUGGGCUCUAAGGCCCUGUUGACCACGGGCAAACCCUUGAUGAUUCUACCUACCGCCAAGGUUUUAAUUUCCCUCCUACCUAACCCUGAACUCAAGCAGACACCCACCAUCCUGAAACCAAGAAAGGUGGGCCUCAAACUAUGCUUCGUGGUUCCCAUCCUGGAGGUGCCUUGCGGCCUCUACCCUUUGAAGUCGGAAAUCUUCCUAGCACACAUAGGAAGAUCAAGGCCAGAGGCGAGUUCAAGGCCAGACUGUGACAGAUCCAAGGCUGAAGCAUGCCCCAUGAAGACGCUGAGCCUUCCGGAACCCCUGCCCCUAAUCAGUGCACACCAGGGUUUAGGGCGUAUGGGGGAUAUGAGGCUAGAGAAGCCCUUGCUUCAAAUCAUUGCCCCCAUGCCAGAUGCAGUGCCAAAUAAAAAUGAGCAAGUAAAGUAUUCUUGGCUUGGCUCAGUUUCUGUUGGAGGGUGAAGAGAGGGUACAGUGGGGCUCUGUACCCCAAAGUCUAGAACAAGAGUUAGAGGCCAUCAGCAACUUCUGCAGGAAGUAAGGUCCAGAAUUCCCACAUAGUGGCAGACAUGGGG